UUUUUUUUUUUUUUUUUUGUAAGCUUUUCUUAUUUAGAGGUCGAGAUUCUCAGCUCUGCAAACAUCUACUUUUUCCGAAAUCCAUCGAUUGUAAAAAGGAACAACGUUUCUGAAUCCUUCAUUCGUUCAAUUGACAAAAGAAAAGAAAAAUAAACGGACAUUCACGACUGAUAAUCGUUUUCUAGCCAAAGCCUUAUGCGAACAUAUGAAGAUGCGCUCAUAAGUGAAAUGCAGUCGCUGGUGGAGAACAUCAACAAGAUCAACGCAGCGGUUUUAAAGGUCAACGAAGGCGAAGUGGUGGAUAUGGUUGACAAGUUGCGGAAAGUUGAACAAAAGAUGUCACUAGUAUUCACUUUCUUUAAAGCGUCUAUGUUUGCCAACAAGUUUUAUGAAAAGGAAGAAAGCACUAAUCGACCCAGUUUCUAAUGCGGUCAUCGUCUGUCUAUUAUCUCUGUGUU